AUGAACCUUAAUAAUAAUAAUAAUAGUAUUAGUAAUAAUAAUAAUGAACAACUAAUCUUAGGAUUACCACACUUUAUCUUAUUAAAGAUAAUUAAUAAUGUAGGCAACAAUACAGAUUUGAUAUGUUUAUUGAUGACUAGUAAACUAUUCUUUGUCACUCUUAGAACAAAGUACUGUAAAUCACUCAGAUUCAAACUAGACAAAUUCACCAAGGAAUUGAAUCCAAUUUGUUUGAAAUCAUUUGACACUAUCUACAGUCGUUGCAAGACACUUGUAUUCAUUGACGACAGGAUAUCUGCAAAUAAUAGAGAAAGAAAUGAAGAGGAAGAGAUCAACAUCAACGAAGUCAAUAUAAACGCAAACGACUUUAAAAAAAGACCAUUCAUCAAAAGAAUAUUACCUCUUUCGACCAAAACCUUGGCAUUGACUGGUACUAUUGCAAACAAACUUCAAGACAUAAUACCCUCAAACUCGGAGAAACUUAUUCUUUUAGAUAGUGACAAUGAUCCCAAUUGUACACUUCCACCAUCUCUCACUAGUAUCCAAUGGUACAACAAUGGCCAGUUGAAUGGUCAAAUUAAUCUCCAAAACUUAACUGCUCUACGUAGCUUUUCAUUAGAGAUGAAUACUGAUCCCUAUCCAAGUGCAUCAAGUAUUAGGUUCCCUGUUGGCAGUACAUCUCUCAAGAAAUUAGAAAUCAAACGUGGUAUAUCUGAUUUAAAAGAAGGAUGGUUACCAAAAAGUAUUACUGACCUUGACCUUGGUGCAACUUAUUAUCUUGGUACUGUCUCACUUCCACCAAAUCUCGUCAAACUUGCCAUUUCAUUGGAUAGUCCCAUAUUUUGUGGUAUGAUUCCAUCAACUGUCAAAGAUCUCAUACUUUUCUAUUUGUCGCAAUAUCCAACAAUCGAAGAAGGUGCUCUUCCCGAUGGUCUUGAAGGUUUAGAUCUAAUUCAUUACAGAGGUCCAAUCAAUCCAACUAUUGUACCCAAUUCUGUCACUAGACUAGGUAUUUUAGGUUGUCGUGUAAGCAAUGAAAAAGAUAUGAUCCUUCCACCCGGUCUCAUCAAAUUCUCACAAAGCAUUCCUCGUGAAUCUUUACCUGCUUGUUUCCCAUCCACUACCAAAGACAUUACUUAUUUCGCCCAAUGUAAUUCUCAUACUCAAUACCUUCCAACAUCUUUGGAAUCAUUUGCAUGUCAACUAGUCAAAGUCAGUCCCACCGAUCCAAUUUAUUCCAUUCCAACCAAUAUCAAAAUCGUUGAUAAUUGUAACUACAACAACCUUAACAACAACAAUAAUAAUGGGACGAUCCAUCAUACCAUUUUACCACCCAAUGUAAAGAAUAUUUUUUGUCGAUUACCAAUGUCAGAGAAUGAAUUUAUCAGAGAUGGGCUCAGUUUUAGAUUGGAUCAAAUUAUCAAUUCUACUAGUAUAGAAUCAAUAACCUUUUGUAGAUUCCCAAGUAGUAAUUACUCUACCACAAUAUCAAUUAGAAGAUUGGAUACUCUUAAUCGAGCUGUACUAUUAAUCGAGAAUGGAACACUCUUUGGAGGAAUCAUAAAACAAAAACAAUUACCUAAUCAUUUUAAUGUUGGUACUGUUGAAUAUGACAUUCUCUAUAUCAACUUUAUCCAAAGUGAAUAUGAUAUUCUCCCAACAUUUAGUGAUAAAUUCUUGAUUGCUCAAGAAGAAGAAGAUGAUGAAGAUGAUGGAGAAGAUGAUGACGAAGAAUACGAUGAAGAAGAAGAUUCCUAUUCGACUCAUUCCUCUUUAGAAGAUGGAUCAUGGGAAGAAGAAGAAUCAUCAAAUGAUGAUGAAUAA